AUGUUGUCCUCGAGAACAGUAUGCGCGCGAUGCCGCCAUAGGCUUCUUGCUACCGUCGCCGCAACAAUCGUCACCGCCCGCCCGAACUCGACUGCAAGCUUCCCGUCCGUUGCGGCCGAGCCUGCCUCGACGACAUCACAGCCGCAACAGGCUCAUUCCCCGAACGCGAACCCGAGACCAAGUAAACGGAAACACAAGAACAAAGGCGGCGAUGAUGGGAAAUCGAGGGAGCUGAUGGACCUGUUCGAGAGCUCCAUCAAGCAAAAUGAAGAGCGCAGUGCAGAGCAGCAACCCGCGCCCAUGGCGAUCCAGGACAUCAACAAGAUGCACCAACUCGCCAGUGAGAUCGCAAAGGUCCUAAAGCAUGAGGGCGCAUCGGCGUGCUUUGCUCUGAUGGUGAAAGAAGUCAUGCCCCGCGCCAGGGCUGGGAGUGGAUUGUCACAGGUCCUCAGCUCCAAGGCCGGCGAUGCUCUUCGACAAAUAGCGGAGAUCAAACUUGCUGCGAUUAAGGAUGCGGAACUCCCGAGUUUGUCGGAAAUUUGCAAGUUGAACGCCGACAUCGGCCGGGUCAAACCGCCGAUGCGACUGCAGCUUAUCAAUCGCUUUCUCGAAGCUAUUGUAUCGGACCGUAUGGACGAAUCGACUACGGAGGAGAAACUUAGAGCUCGAGAACGGUCCUUGGACGACGUCGUUGAGUUUUGGAAACAUCUUUCGGGACUAAAGCGCACAAAGAGCGGCGUGCGCUACGAGACGAGAUUCUGGCUGAACUCGAGACCGGACUUGAGAACAAUAGAUGAUCCAGCCAGACUGUUUUGGAUGCUGCUUCCAGCCUUUAUACCCAACGAGUCGGUCGGUGUAGCCCCGGCGUUGGUGACCACCUACGUUCUCCUGACCGAUCCUGCUCACGAGCAGACGAAAGCGAGGCGGGAGGCAACACCUUUACUUGAGGCUCUGGAGCCCAUCGUCAAGCGGUUCGACCGCCAGAAACUACAGCCCCUUUUUGAGAAUCAUCCGGAGCUGUGGAAAUACGUCGAGCCCAGGGCGAAUUGGCGGGUGAUUCAGGCGGCUUCCAAGGCCUUAAAAGAGUCGACCGCCCCUUCUGCCGGAGGCCCAACCCCAAGACCGGUAAAAAAGCAGUUCCCCUACGCCCUGUGGCACAAACGGUUCAACAUCGCAUACCGCGGAAACGAUCACGCAGCCGUGCAGCAGGCAUGGAGGGACCUCGUCCAUUUGGCCAAGGACAAGAGCAUUGCGGACAUACUGCGUGACUGUCCCGAGCUCUUUGACUAUAUUCUGCACAUUUCCUGUCACAAGUCCCGUUUUGAGCAGGCCAUUUACCACCAGGUGAUUUCGGAGGUCCUGCGUUACAUGAAGAGCCUCGGCCUGGAACCGACAAUCCGAACGUACACUUCCAUGAUGGAGGGCUGGAAGCUGGCCAAACGCAUCGAGCCCAUCGAGGCCCUGUGGCAGUCCAUGACCGCAGCUGGCAUCAUGCUGGAUAGGCACAUCUGGUCCUGUAGGAUAUCUGCACUCGGCAAGCUGGGAAAGCCGUCGGAUGGCCUCAGAGCCCUGACACAGAUGGACAGAGCUUGGCAAAAAGCAGUCGCAGAAAACACCCAGGCGACAGCCGUGCAGCCGGGUAUUGCCAACGUAAAUGCAGCAAUAUCGGGUCUGCUGUCGCAGGGUCGCAUGGCCGAUGUCAAGAAGGUGCUCGUGUGGGCUAGCGAGCGGGAGCUGGACCCGGACAUCUACACAUACAACAUGCUGCUCUCCCACAUGUUGAAAAAGGGAUUGACCAAAGAAGCAGACAAGAUUCUCAGCGGCAUGAAGGACGCCGGCAUAACCCCGAAUGGCGCGACCUUUACCGUCAUCAUCGAGUCGGUCUUCGACAACCUCGCCUCGCAAUCGCCGCAGGAGCAGAAGGCCGCCAUCAACAACGUCUUCGACGAAAUGGCCGCCUGCGGCAUCGAGCCGAACCAGGAGACGUACGCCAAGAUGCUGCACACGCUCAUCUCCGAGGGCGACAUCGCCCGCACCUCCAUCGCCGCCGUCCUCUCCCACAUGCGCUCCCGCAACGUCCAGCCCUCCACCGAGAUCUGCACCAUCCUCGUCGAGUACUUCGUCAGCCGCUCCCCGGCCCCCGACCUCGACUCCAUCCGCGCCCUCGUCGCCGACCGCCGCUCCCGCACCCGCGCCCUCACCGAUCGCGUCUUCUGGGAGACCGUCGUCAAGCACUACCACCGCGCCGGCGAGCUCGACGCCGCCCUCGAGAUCGUCUACGACCUCGACGACUGGGGUAUCUGGCCCGGCCUCGCCCUGCUCGAGCCCCUGCUCCGCUCCCUCGCCGCCCGCCACGACUGGGAGGGCGCCAAGAAGCUCGUCGCCACCGUCCGCCGGCAGCCCCGCCCGGAGACGACGAACCUGGACGGCAACAGCCGGUUCUGGAAGCAUGGCUUCUGGGCUGUCGCGAUGGAUUUUGACCUCAUUGGGAGCGACGGGCAGGUUCUAUAG